CAUCUGCAUACAAUCCGCUGCUCGUCUAGCUUCUGAGAGGGAUCACAACCCUUUGGGAUCAUUGUCUUCACCCAGAAAGCUUCCAGACCCCCCUCCUCCGGUCGACUCUUUCGCCACCCAUCUCAGAACUCCGUAAAUAGAAUUUGAAUUAGGCAACGGUCUUGGGAAGAUUACCUGAAUUGUCUUGCAACUCGAGUCAUCACACGGCCAUAUGCAAUGGCCCAGUCCUUGCCUGAAGAUUCGUUCCCAACACCCCGAUCGGACUCUGCUCCAGAUUCGACUUCGGCCAUUAGCCCGAUCCAGCUGACAGCAUACCAUGGACCGGUAACGGAUCAAGCUGAAGGAUCCGGGUCGAGUCAAGCGGGACAGAGCAAUCAACAUCAUGGCAAGGGUGGACACGUGAGAUCUGCUACUGCCUCUUCGGAUGAGGAGGAUUCAGAGGAACAACAAGGUUCUGGACCAAAGAAGAAGCAUAGGAUUACUCUACCUCGUGGGAGAGCGUGUGUUGCUUGCAGAACUCGGAAACUACGAUGCACAGGGACCAAUCCUUGUGGAAUCUGUGAAAAAAAUGGGAUUCACUGUCGAUACGAAGAGAUUCAACGACGCAAGCCUCGAGCUGUCAUGCUGGAGGAACGAGUUGCCCAGCUCGAAGGGAUGCUUUUGGCGCGAGGAGAGACUUUACCGCCGACAAAGUUGAAACGUAAAAUCUCCAUCACCAACGUCGAGCCAUCAAUCCCACCCGAACCUACUUCUCUCACACCAGUGGGAGACGACAAUCGUACAUCUAUAUCUCAAGAAGCACCACGUACACCUCCUUCAUCGACUGGACAACGCGGUUCAGAUUCAGCUUCGGCCUCGGACCCGCCUUUGCCCAUCGAGAUUCCUCCACAUUCUCCCUUGGAACAGACCCUCAUCAAUGUCGUACUCCCACAUACACCGUAUCUACUGAUGCCUGUACACCCCCAACGGUUCUUGGCUCUUUUGUCUUUACCUGCGAGCGAUCCUGGACGCCCUCAUCCAGCACUCCUGUACAUCAUGUUUGCAGAUGCCGUCAGGAUCCUCGAGACGGAUACUCCAACCAAACCGCUCCCUCCUCCACCGCGCUCCAUCUUCCCCACUACUUAUACACCACCUAUGCCACCGUACAAUCCCAACGACAAGUGGGUCCUGCAACAUGUAACCGGCAUGUCAGAGACAUUUCUGGAACGAGCUCGAGUGGAAUUGGAUCGAGGGAUGCGCAAUGUUGAUCGUCUAUUUGAUCUCUGCCGAGCCACAGUUGGCAUCGCUCGACAUCUCAUAUCGCUUGGUCGAUUUAUCGAAGGAUACACCAUCCCAGUCUCGAGAUUGCUCAUAUCCUGCGGACUGCAUCGGCAAACCGGGGUUAUCGUUCCUCCUGAUGGCAUGACAUCUGCACCUGGUGAUCCUAUGCCUAGACCGUAUAGUUCGCCAUAUCAUUACCGACAAUCCUACGCAUUUACAGAAACAUCGUCCGGACACCCAGUACUACGGAUGAGACCCGUAGUCUUGCCACCUCCCAGAGACGAGAUCGAACUCGCUGAGCGAGUCAUGACGUUCUGGGCGGUUAAAUACCAGGAAUGGGAAAUGUCCAUAGGCUGGGGUUGGUCCUUGAGCUUGGCGGAUGAAGAAUGUACGACAAUGUGGCCUUGGGGAUGGGGAAGCGCAGAGAUUCGUCCACCUGCUUGGGGUCCAUAUGGUAUUGCGGACCUUUACGACCCGCACAGUCCGAUGCACUCGUCCCCCGUCCCUGAUACAACAUUCACACUUGCUGUCAAAUCCGUCGGUCUGCUCCAGCGAGCCAAUCAUCUCUUCGACCUCCCCAUCUCCAAUCAUGUCGAUCCCCGAACGCGUCGCCCGAGCCAUGUGCCCCCUCUCUCAGCUGUUCAGCAAGUCGCCACUGCACUUCAAUUGUUCCGAGAACGUAUCCCGAUCCCCUUCCGCGAUUUUGUCCCGAGUUAUGCCAUGGAUCCAUCAGAGGUGUAUGAUGGGCCCCAAGACCCAUGGUGGGUGGCAAUGCACGCGAAUCUUCUCUUGGCGGAAAUCAUGAUGUGGAAAGAGAUGGCGCAUCAUAAGCGAUCAGCAUACGAUCAAGCUGUCAGUUGUGCUCGUGCCAUGGUCACGUUGGUCAAGAGAUUGCGCCCUGAGAGUUAUGUCCAUAUGCCGCUCGUUGUAUCUCUCGACAUCUCCCUGGCGGCUCGGUUCUUGAACAAGGAGUCAUCUCGACUCUCAUCCCUUGGCCAUCCUCAACCCGCUGCGGAAGCUGCUCAAGAAGCUGAAUAUCUCCGCUCAACCCUUGCCAAUGAUAUGGCCAAAUGGGUCCCUAUGGCCAGUCUACACGCCAUGAUCGUUCAGCGAGUCAAAGAAGGCUGGCCAGAGAAGGAAGGAGAGUAUGAGAGGGUGUAAUAAUAAUAAAAUCCUUCGUGCAUACAUUUCAUCCGAGCUGGCCGGAAUUGUCCCGACAAAACGUAAGCCGAUGAC